ACAAGCAAAGAAAGGUUGCGUCUUUAGGCAGAGCGCAUCCGUAGCGAACCUUCAAACCACCUUCUAUUUCCUCACACGUCGCAUCUCUUUCCAACACAAAAGAACCCAAAGCAAGCAAAGACUUUACCGCGUGGGACCCAAUAUCCCCAUUGCUCUUCCAGACUCGUCCCUCUCUCUCUCUCUCUCUUUGAAUAGAAAAUAUCAAACCCCAGAGUCACGGAUUCAAAAAUGGCGGUGACGAGGAAUAUAUAGGCUUUUGAGCACAGCCAAAACGAGCCAAUGAGAUGGACGGGGUGGCAGCAGAAAGUUUCAGCGAUGGCGCAGUGACGCCUCUAUCGGCCAUAGCGGAUGCCUUCGAGGAGCUCGCCAAGCUCUUGAAUUCGAGGAAGGAUGAGUCCAAAGAAGAGGCGCGGCUCCGCUUGGACACGUUCUGCGACGCCUGCUCUUGGGUUUCCAUUCUUUUUGGAUGCCUCGGCCUCGCUUUCAAGUUCGCCGAGUCGGAGUACGUCUCCAAGGUACACGAUCUUAAGGAAGCAUCGAGGACGCAUAGCACCUUACAAGAAAUACUUGAUCUCGAUGUUUCAAAUGGCACGGUAAAGAAACAAGGAAGCCAUUCACGUAAUUUACGACGAGUUAGACAGGGUCUUGACCUCAUCAGAGCUUUAUUUGAGCACUUUUUUUCAACUGAAGAUCACACUUUGAAGGGAGCGGCUUCAACAGCUUAUGCGCAAGUUUGUGCACCAUACCACUCAUGGACGGUCAGAACAGCAGUUGCUGCUGGAAUGUAUGCUCUUCCAACAAGAGACAAACUUCUGCACAAGCUCAACGAAACUGAUCAGUCAGCAGAGAAGAAAAUGAGAAGGUAUGUCAGUGCUGCGCUUCCAGUGAUAGAGUACAUUGACAAGCUUUACCGCUACAGGAAUAUCAGCUUGGACUGGUGACUUCACAUUUGUGCGGGACAUCAGCAAUGCAGGAUUUCUUCUUCCAUUGUAGCCUAGGAAGUCUGUCAUGAAUCUUGCUGUUCGAAGAUCGUGUUAAUAACCCAUUUCUAGCGCUUCUUUCUUCUUUUUUACCCAUUAAUACUUUUUUCGUAUACAAGUAUGCGAUAUCAAGUUUUGCCAUAGUUGAUGGCAAGCAUUUUUAACAGGAAGACAAGGUUUUACUCCAAA